AUGGAUAAUACAGUGAGGUUAGACCAGUUGCACGAUGAGCAAUAUCGUCGGAUACUCCCCACGUUGAAUGGUUAUUUUGAACAAAAGGAUACAUCACUAUCGCGUUUGGAUCCUAGAAACUAUAGAAAUGAAAAUUACAAGAAGAUGAAUGCUAUUAUUCCAGUACUGUUAAGAGCUCAUCAGUGUCACCCCACGGAUUGGAAACUGUUAUUUGCUAAUGCACAGACUCUUAAUUUUUACUCUGCGCUUCUGGAGGGGCUGUUAAUGUUUAUGUUCCAGUCGUUCAGCACUACGGUUGGGUUCGGCUCCAACAUGGAGUUUUUAAGAUGUAUGCUCAAGACUUAUGAGUAUUUGUAUACUGUGGCGAAAACGUUACCAUCACCAGAGUUAGGUCAAAGAGUGAUGUCUUUUCAGAACCAUUUCAUGAGGAAUUGGAAUAAAGUGCAAUGUGAAAGCUUGUUAUUUGACCAGGUGAAAGAUUUGUUAUCUCAUGCACAUGAUUUCGUUGCUCCUCCAUUGUUCAAUUUGGAAAGCGUCAUUAAAAGAGACUAUUUCAAAAUAACGUGUGACAAGUUACGUUAUGAGAAUUUAUGCGUUGAACUGUUUCAUUUAGAUAAUGGGAACAUGGCUAUAUUUAAGGUUAACACCCAGACUUUGCCCUUAUACACCAAUGAACAAACCCAUGAAUUACUUCUGCGAUUGACAAGAAAUAUAGAUAUGGGAGCAUAUCAAGACCCUCUAUUUCAAAUUGGUAGGACGUUGUUAUUCCCAACAAUAAGACCCAUGGAUCUACGAAUUGCUGACGAAUCAAGAAAGUCAAUUCUCUUAGAAACGAAGACAGGAAAUGGUGUUACCUUGGCUUUAACCCCAUAUGACACGUUGGCCUGGUCCCAACAUUGGAGGCCUUUUGUGCAGUCUCUGUGCGCAGUAGCAGACUCACCUAAAGCUUUCCUAAGUGAUAGAAAUGAAAGUACUUUUGGAAGUCCAAUCAAUAAAGAUACAAUAACCUCUGCAGGUACUCGUGGCUUAGGUAUCAGUCUGAAGAAGUCAGAAGUGAGGACAAACCUCGACACUGGCCUAAGAAAAUCUAAACCGUUGGCUUCAGAAGCACUGUCUAUAUCAGAAAUAGAGUCACUGAACAUGAAGAAACUUAUGGAGUUGAAUGACAGUACCGAUGCCUCAACCAUGAAUAGUUCCAUGAAAUCACCGGUUCCCACCAAUAUUAGACACAUCCAAGAACCCUCAAAUAUCAUAGAACAAAUGAGUCCCGUAAUUGGGAGCCGAGUUGACGAUAUUGAUAGCAUCAUUUCUGAUGAUGAUGGAAUUAAUAACGAAGGGAGUCUAGGAGGGUCCCCAGUCUUUAAUCUUUCGGCUGAAUUUCACAAACCUCAAUUGACUAAACGGAAGUCAUCGUCUUUCUUGAAUCUAUUCAAGAAAGACAAAUCAAAAAGUCAAAAGAAUAGUACUGAUAGCUUGGCAAAACUUUCAGACACAAAAAGCAUACACCCUCCAGAGUCAGCAAUGUCUUCGCAUGCAUCAACACCGUCUUCUACGUCAAAAUCUUCAAAAUCUUCAAAAUCUUCAAGUACUUUAUCUCCUUCAACUUGCAAACUACCUUCCAGCGUUAAGUUGGACACAAAUAACGUCCUUCUUGACACCCUUGUUAAAUUAUCGCAAUGGAGAAACAAUUCAUGGAGAUUUUUCUCCUCAAGUUGGUUACAAUUGCAGGUCGUCAAUUCCAACCAAGGCAGAUACAUGUUCGUGGUACAAGAUGACAACUCUAACUUAAAGCUUUGUAUUGCCAUUGGUGAGAGAUGGACAAUUUCAAGAACUACUGCUCAAGACAUUCAAAUUAGAUUCCCACCAACCGACGUUGUGGCUUCUGUCGCGGAGCCAGUUCCAACCUUGCUUUCAGUGAGAUGUCCUCAGGUAGAUAACAUUGCCAAUUUGCUUAAACACUGCAAAAAGAACGAAGUGAUUUUAACCUCAAGCAACAACAUGUCAAAUUCUGCAACACAGCUGACCUUGGGGUCCAAUUCAUCAUCAAUUUUGAGUAAUAACGUUUCAAAUAUGUCAUUUAGCAGGUCCAGUACUGCUUCGAACGAUUUAUCACAUGGUUGGUCGAAACCGCAAGUACUAGAUUCCAGUAAAGAUUGUAAAUCACUGCUGUUAUUAUCAAAAAUUAAGGUGCGAUUACAUAAAUAUGACCAGCAAUACGGAUGGAAGAUGACUAAAGUUGGAUUGUUGAAUGUUUACUCUAGAGAAUAUAAUGGAUCAGUUGCUGGAUGUAAAUUUGAGAUGGAUGACACCGAGUCGUUCAUUUCAUCCAUAUCGGACCUGAAGAGAAUUGGAAGGACUGGUAUCUCAGCUGGAGAACGUCUAGUAGAGUUCAAAAAUCAAAAUGUAGCUGACGAGACCUAUAAAUUGCUAGGUGCUCUGUAA